AAGCAGAGAUAGUCUGGUUACUUGUUGUAUAUAUUCUCUAAUGGUCAGCUUGAAGGUGUCAAUGGCACGAAUAUGUAUGUCUUUAGUUAAGGAUUGAAAUUUUUCAUUUCUUAAAAAUUUACAGCCAAUAUUUAGCAGCUGACAUCUUCAGAGCGGCAAAUCAUGGGAACUGGUUGUUCCACCAUGAAACAUGUUCGUAAGACGUUUCGAAAAAAUACCAUAACAGCAAAAAGUCUGACUACCGAAAACAAUUCGAAAGGUUCAUUCUCGGACACGAAAGGCGAUGAUGGUGACGAAGCACGAGAAGAAGACGACGAACUCGAUGCCUUGAGUCCGAUAUCUGGUACAAUUAAAACCGGAAGUGGCGGCACGAGAGGAUUGUCAGCUGCAUCUACCGUACUUCCGGGAACGAGUAUCAGUAUAUCACCUGUCAUGGAAGAACUGUCGGAACUGGAGUCAUGCAAGCCGUUGCCAGAUUUAGACGAAUUUCCGGACGAUAUUCGGAAUCUGUUGCUAGGACGUUGUUCCACGCACGAUCCCAACAAAAACAGACGAUUGAGUGAAAUAUUCCUUCUCGUCUUGGCUAAUGGAACAGAUGGUUAUCGAUUUUUCUCCGAAGUGAAUAAAAUGGUUAUCCCUUCUUUAAAGCAGCUUUGCUUCGAAAAUGCUUCAACAUUGCACAUUUAUGUGUUUGGUCACCAAUCCGUGCCUUGCGGGAAAGAUUUUCGGAUGCUUAUAACAAACUUCGUCACUUCUUUACUAAAAUUCGACAAAGUCAUUACCUUAACGAUCUUCGGUCGACCAUUAACAGUGGUUCAACCACCGGACGUCAUUUUGCAAUCAGAUUUCGAUGCUGCCGUGAGUCGAAUGUCUUCUGCCGAUAAUCGAGAGCUUGUCCACUGUUCUUAUGCUGCCGAUGUCAAUGCCAUAUCUCCUUGUUAUCGACUGAUCAGACACAAUCAUGAGACUGAAGAUCGAAUAGAGCAGGACGCAAAUAUUAUUAGCAUUCUAGAAUCAGCAUUUGAUGACAAGGCUCAAGCUACUUACCUCACAUCAGUGUUUGAAGAUGUACUGCGCAUUUUACAAGAAAGUAAAAAUGAUGACGUGCACAACAGAUCAUUCCUAAUCCAUCUAGAAAGCACUAUAGCUGACGAAGAAAAGUCUAGAAAGGAAGAUGUUAGAGUCCAGCACUUAAUAUCUGACUGGGAAGACAAACUUCCAGAUGAAUACAAAUUCAACUUCUUCAACGGAGACUCUUGGGAAGAACUCUGGAAUGGCAAUGUAUCUUCUAGCGAAGUACAAUCUGGUACUGCUUUCAGAAGUUUGGAAUUUAAACUACGAAAUGUUCUUUAUACUAUCUUCGAACAAAAUGUGGACGAGAUUAGGUGCUUUGUAAAUGAAGCCGGACGAAGUAUUGAAACUCAGCUUUUGAACGAACUGAUACAUCAGCAGAGUGAGAUACAUAGCCACCUCAGAUCAUUCCAAGACCGACCAGACUUGCUGUCAUCUGUUAUGAACUACAUCGCAGGACCUCAGAACCAUCCUCUUGUAGUUCACGGUCGUCAAGGUAGAGGAAAAAGCGCUCUCUUAGCGGUGGCUGCUGUUCUUUGUGGUGGUGUGUUUCCCACCAUGCCAGUCCUCAUAAGAUCAGCAGGAUCGUCCCCCGAGUCAUUUACACAAGAACAAAUUCUCAGAAGUGUGUGCGAGCAACUGGCCAUUCUGUAUGGCGAUCAUCCCUCACUCGCUUCUCGAAGUAUUGCGGAACAUAAUUCCUUCUUCUCAGCAUUACUGCGACGAGCACGCUCAGAACGACCGUUACUCAUUAUCUUAGAUGGUCUCGAUCAAGUUGAAGAAUACAGUGGCAGGUCAUUGAAAUGGUAUCCCAAUGUUUUACCAGAACAUGUUAAAUUAAUACUUGCUUUCCGUGACGGAAGUAACGAAUUACAAGAACUGCAGGAACGUUUUUCUGGUGAAAAAUCUACAUUUCUGGAAGUUCCAGAUAUGGAAAUUGAUGAUACUAUGUCCAUAAUUCAGCAUCAGAUGCGUUUGAGAGGUCGUCGCCUAACAGACACACAGAUGAGUUUCGCUCGAAUUUGUGUCACAGAGAAUUCAUAUCCUCGUUAUGCUCAUAUAUUUGCGCAGGUAGCUUGUACCUGGUUCACUCUUGCUAUUCCAGAAAAAUUUUGGUCAAAACAUUCUUUAAUAGACAUCUUUUGUGACUAUAUAAGUUACGUGUCGAAUACCGUGGACUUAAAAGUUUUGAACCGUUUCUUUUCCAUCUUAGUUACGCUAAAACAAGGUUUAAUGGAAUCUGAAAUUUCUCAUGUAUUGCAAACUAAAACAAGCAGCAGUAAUGACGAUAAAUUAGUAUUUAUUUUUAUGAAGUACCACAUGGCUCCUUUCUUGAGAACAUCUGUGAGGAGGGGACAUAGUUUUAUACAACUCAGAAGCCAAAUUUUUCGAAAGCUGUGCAAAACAUAUUUGGGUACACAGUCUUUGGAAGACUGUCUGCAAUAUAUGUUGCAGUAUUUGCAAAACAAUACACAAAUUCAUCUUAUGCAAAACCGAACAGGAGAAAUCAAGACAAACCAUAAACAUCAAAGAUGGCGGGAAUUGGAAGAAACAACUCAUCUUCAAAUCAAAUUAAAUAUUUCGGUGCGAAAAUAUUUCUUUGACCAUAUAUGGCUUUUUGAACGUAUGUGCUCAGGGGAUCCUUAUCUAUUGCUGGAAGAAAUUAAAAUGUACAAGAGGCGUAAUCCUGAUGACAGGGAAUUUGAAAUUCUGAGGAAGUUCCUUCAGCUGUCAGCUUAUGCUCUUCGGCAUGAUGGCAGACAGCUGUAUACACAAUUAUACGGAAGGGUCAAAGGCUAUUUUGAUGAACCAGAGAACAGUAUUAAAUACCCCACAAUGAAAAAACUCUUUCAGAUAAGUGCCAUUCCCCCAGUGCCAAGUUUUCAUUCUAGUGGUCCCUGUCUAAGGACACUCGCAGACGCUCAGAAAGCUUUCCCCAAGUCUUCCAGAGAUCCUUACACUUUAGAUAUAAUUACGUGGCUGGACAAAGAAGCGAGACAUUUUGUGACAUACUGUAGUGGAACAAGUGAAAUCUCAGCUUGGAAAACCAAUCAUAUGAAGAAAAUGGCAACUUUGGGUGAAAUGACUUGCAUCGAUAAUAUUAAUGCAUUAGGAAGGCAGGCGGAAGUUGUUCUUUUGCAUCAUGACCGAAUGGAAGUAUUCGAUCUUGCCAAAAAUGUUCUGAAAAUUCAAAUGGUGGAACUCAUUGACGUCUCGCAAGGAAUAAAAUUAUUAGACGGGGGGAAGAACGUAUUAGCUAUCUCUGCAAAUCGAGAUGAAAUUCUGAAAUUUGACACGACUUCUGGACAUGUUGUGAGAAGAAUAACCUUAGGAGAAAACAGGCAACUAGACUGCCUUUUGGUGAGUGCCAACGAAGAGGUAUGCGUCUCUGGAGAUGCCAUCCGCAAACCGUACCCGCUGAUUUCCUGGACAAUUCAGAGUGGUGUGCUGCUGCAUGAAUUUUCCAUUCCCCAUCAUGAAUACAUCACAAGACUUGCAAGGAUUCAGAGAGAUGGAAAAGUGCUAUUUGCUGUUGCAAAGGAUUUACUGGAUUCAUCUCCUAAUUUUCUUCUUGCAUACGACUUAUGUUCUGGGAUCAUACUAUGGGAAGAAAGACCAAGUUCGAGCAUCACCGCUAUUGAGCUUGACUACGAAAGCGAAAGGAUCAUAUUUGCAACUCGGGAUGGAACUAUACAAGGCUGGGAUACAGAUGGAGAGAAAAAGUUUGCUAUCCAUUACUGGGCAAGUCGUGUGGACACGAUUAUAACAUCUAAGAAUAGCAUUUUUCUUACUUGGAACUCAGCUGGAAAUGAUAGAAGCAUGACCUUAUGGAAUGCCAAUGAAGGGCAUCGUUUGGCUACAUUUACUGCAGAUUUCAAUAUCUUGCAAUGUGCAUUAUCUGAAGAUGGAUACAGCAUUGCUUUCAUCUUACAAGGAAAAGCAUUACCAGCCUUAAUAACACUGCAGAAUCAGAACCAAGAAAAGAUAUAAAUCAAUAUUGAUGCAAGAUGAAAUAAUAUAUUUUUAUACAAUGCUUUGUCGAAUUGGAGCACACUAAUAAACUAUUUAAAAUCUAAAAGAAUUUUCAUUGUUUGUGAAAUACUGAGUUCCACCAUUUGUAAUACUAAAAAGUCAAAGAAAUAUAUUAAUUAGACAAAGGUUAAAAAUAAAUUACACAGCAAACUAAAAACUAUGAUAAAAUGAAUUGUAUAUUCUAAGUGCUA